AUGGCGUCGCCGGCCAUCAGCCCCGAUUCGUCCUCCCACGAAGCCCUCUCCUCCGUCAACUCGGCCCCGGCGUGUUCGCCCACCUCCGACUCGGAAAACCUCAGCCCCGACGAACUGGAGCUGCUGGCAAAGCUGGAGGAGCAAAAUCGGCUACUGGAGGCUGACUCCAAGUCGAUGCGCUCCAUGAACGGCUCACGAAGGAACAGCGGCUCCUCCUUGGUCUCCAGCUCCUCGGCCUCCUCCAACCUCAGCCACCUCGAGGAGGACACCUGGAUCCUCUGGGGCCGCAUCGUCAACGAGUGGGACGAGUGGCGGAAGAAGAAGGAGAAGCUGCUGAAGGAGCUCAUCCGCAAAGGGAUCCCCCACCACUUUCGUGCCAUCGUCUGGCAGCUGCUCUGCAGUGCCACCGACAUGCCCGUCAAAAACCAAUAUUCAGAGCUGCUCAAGAUGUCCUCUCCCUGCGAGAAGCUCAUCCGACGGGAUAUCGCCCGCACCUACCCGGAGCACGAGUUCUUCAAGGGACAGGACAGUCUGGGCCAGGAGGUGCUCUUCAACGUCAUGAAGGCCUAUUCACUGGUGGACCGGGAGGUCGGAUACUGCCAGGGUAGCGCCUUCAUCGUGGGACUGCUGCUCAUGCAGAUGCCCGAGGAAGAGGCCUUCUGCGUGUUCGUGAGGCUGAUGCAGGAGUACCGAUUACGGGAGCUCUUCAAACCCAGCAUGGCCGAGCUGGGGCUCUGCAUCUACCAGUUUGAGUACAUGCUGCAGGAGCAGCUGCCGGAGCUGAACAUCCACUUCCGCUCGCAGAGCUUCCUCACCUCCAUGUACGCUUCGUCCUGGUUCCUCACCCUCUUCCUCACCACCUUCCCUCUUCCCGUGGCCACACGCGUCUUUGACAUCUUCAUGUACGAGGGGCUGGAGAUCGUCUUCCGCGUGGGGAUGGCACUGCUGCAGUUCAACCAGGCUGAGCUCGUCCAGCUCGACAUGGAGGGCAUGUCCCAGUACUUCCAGAAGGUGAUCCCACACCAAUUCGACAGUUGCCCCGACAAGCUCAUCCUCAGGGCCUUCCAGGUCAAGUACAACCCCAAGAAGAUGAAGAGGCUGGAGAAGGAGUACGCCGCCAUCAAGAACAAAGAGAUGGAGGAGCAGAUCGAGAUCAAGCGCCUCCGCACCGAGAACCGCCUGCUGAAACAGCGCAUCGAAACCCUGGAGAAGGAGAGCGCGGCUCUCGCCGACAGGCUCAUCCAG